CUGUGUUUUCAGAUUCACUCACAGAACAAAUGGAUUCCAGAUCAGAGGAGGAUCUCUGCUGUCCGGUCUGUCAGGACGUCUUCACAGAUCCUGUUAUUCUGUCAUGUAGCCACAGCUUCUGUAGAGACUGUCUGAAGACCUGGUGGAGACAGAAACCAACACAUGACUGUCCAGUUUGUAAGAGAAGAUCUUCAAGAGAAGAUCCACCUUCUAACCUGGUUUUAAAGAAUCUGUGUGAGUCCUUCCAGCAGCAGAGAUCUCAGAGAUCUUCAGAGUCUCUCUGCAGUUUACACUCUGAGAAACUCAAACUCUUCUGUCUGGAUCAUCAGCAGCCAGUGUGUGUCGUCUGCAGAGAUUCAAAAAAACACUCCAACCACAGAUUCAGACCCAUCGAUGAAGCUGCACGACAACAAAAGAAGAAACUUCAGAAAACUCUGAAGCCCUUAAAGGAGAAGCUGAAGGUUUCUGAACAAGUUAAAGUGAAGUUUGAUCAAACGGCAGAACACAUUAAGGUCCAGGCCCGACACACAGAGAGGCAGAUUAAGGAGCAGUUUGAGAAGCUUCACCAGUUUCUGAUAAAGGAAGAGGAGGCCAGGAUGGCUGCACUGAGGGAGGAAGAGGAGCAGAAGACUGGGAUGAUGAAGGAGAAGAUGGAGGCUCUGAGCAGAGAGAUAGCAGAUCUUUCAGACACAGUCAGAGCCACAGAGGAGCAGCUGAGAGCUGAAGACGUCUCAUUCCUGCUAAACUACAAGGCUGCAGUGGAAAGAGUCCAGCGCUGCCUCCUGCUGGAGGAUCCACAGCUGCUCUCAGGAGCUCUCAUAGACCAGGCCAAACAUGUGGGCAACCUGAGCUUCAACAUCUGGAACAACAUGAAGGACAUGGUCUCCUACACUCCUCUCAUUCUGGAUCCAAACACUGCAUAUCGAAAACUAGUCCUUUCUGAAGAUCUGACCAGUGUGAGACGAGCACAUGAACAGCAGCUUCCUGAUAAUCCAGAAAGAUUUCAUCGGAUGAUUGCUGUUCUGAGCUCUGAAGGCUUCAUCUCAGGAACUCACAGCUGGAAUGUUGAGGUUGACAGAACAGACUGGACACUGGGUGUGUUAGAAGAGUCUGUCCAGAGGCAGAGAAUCAUAAACUCUGGAUUUUGGGGAAUAUGGUUCUCUGAAGGUAAAUACUAUGCAGAAUCACCACCUGCUCCCCUCACUGUUCUCUCAGUACAGAAGAAACUCCAGAGGAUCAGAGUGAAUCUGGACUGUAACAGAGGAAAGCUGUCCUUCUCUGAUCUUGAUACUAAAACACUCAUACACACCUUCAAUCACACUUUCACUCAGAGGAUGUUUCCGUACUUUGACACUUGGGAUAAGAAAGUUCAGAUUCUACCAGAGAAGGUCUCAGUGACAGUGGAACAGAUCAGUUAGAGAUCAACAGGAUCAAUAGAUUCAGAACGUCUCUUUGUUGUUGUUUGUUUGUUGGUUGUGGACGUCUCGGUUUUAAGGUGGACUUCUGAGUUUUAAGGUGGACGUUUGGGAUUUAAGGUGGAUAUCUGGGUUUUAAGGUGGAGGUCUGGAUUUGUGUUCAGGUUUUCUGUAACGCUGCAGAUUGAAGAGCUGAAUCUGUCUCCGAUGAUGUUUCUCAUGUAACCUGCUCUUUCCAUGGACUUGUGGAUAACUGUGUGUGUCAGAUAAUAAAAGUGAUGAAGGAAAAGACUUCA